CGCGGCGCGCGAGGCGGGGGGCGCCUGAGCCGGAAGGGCCCCACAACGGCCCUGGCCACCGGAGCGGCGGCAGCGGCGCCCGGACCUGAUCCCUUCAAUUCCUUCAGAGCAGCCCCUCCCCGCCCCGCCGGGCGCUGCUGCGUGCCCCGAGUGAGGUCUAGCCUCUCGAGAAGCUGCUGCUGUGCGUGCUGAGUUUUGCUUGGUGCUGGUUCCCGCGUGAGUCUCUGAAUGGUGCUGCUAAGUCGUGUGUUGCUACAGCCUUCCGAUGGGGUUACAACCAGCUGUCAAAAGAUACGAAACAAGAAAUAAGACAGCGGGGACAGAGGGGCCGUCAUCCAAAUCUCGAGUCGAUUGGAGACGCACUAGAAGGGCGCUCAUACUGCUUGAUAGCUGUGACGAAUCCUCAGCCACCUCUGAGGAGGAGGAGUCGGAGGAGUCUACCACAUCAGAAAGUGAAAUUGAUGAAAAAAAUCAAACGGCUGUGAAGAACAGUCUUUCAGAUCAGGAGGAGAAAGACCGCAGCGGGGAAGUUACAGAAGAUGGUGACGAUGAGUGCGUUGUGCCUGGGAAGCGUAAGACUUGGAGCACCUCCGUCAUGUAUGACAGCGAUGAAAGUGAGGGCAGUGACAUACUUGUUCGAAAGGUUUCUGCCAAGCGCCGCUGUAUAAUGGAUGACGACGAGAGUUGUGAAGAACAGCAGCCUGAUAAAACAUGCCCUACAGAGAAUGUUUCUACUAGUAGGAAACAGAAAGUGCUUGCAAAAUUGAAAGAACUUGUAAGACAAAUCGCGCCUCGGAGAUCCUGCAGCAGUGCAAAUUCUGAGGAUUCUACUAGUGAAGCACCAGUAGAAGAGGAACCACUCUGUCAGCUGCCCCUCACACCAUCAGAAGUUAGUGAAACUGACAGUAGCAGCAUAAAAGAUUUUGUAGUAGAUGAAGAGGAAGACGAUGAUGACAUUGGCAACACAGAACUUGUGAAGAGUAAGAAUGGGCCACAUCAAAAGCAACCAAAUCGAUCAAACAGUGAGCUGCUGGCACACUACAUCCCACAGUUACCUCGCUGCGAUCAUUAUGUGCACUUCAAAAGAAUAGUAAAGGCUUUCCUCAUAAAUGCAAUUGAUGACACUUUUCUGAGCUCAUUGUAUGAUGGAACGAGACAAAAGAAGUAUGCACGAGAUAUGCUGCUCUCACUUCAUUACUUGGACGACCGCUUCAUUCAGCCUCGUCUUGAGAACUUGAUCUGUAGAAGUCGCUGGAAAGAUCGCUACAAGGAGCGUGUGGAUUGUUACCCAGAUAUUCGCAUAAGCUUGAAAAAUUCAAAAAAUAUGUCUUGUCAGGCCUGUGAAAUGAAGCGGUGUUGUAGGUUCAGUGUGUUGCUCUCUGGAAGGCUAUAUAAUAGUAAAACUCUGAAAGUGGAUGACUUCAUGUCAGAUGAUAAACAGGUUUUGAACGUUGGCGUGGUGUGUGCAAAUCGUACAAGAGUUUAUCACAACUUGAAACACUUCAAGUACAAGUUAUACAUGGAUUGCAGCUCUGUUGCUGAGUUGGAUGGUGUUGAGGAUGAACCAGUCAAAGACACUGUGGAGCGGCUUUUCAGCCACUUGGAAGAGAGUGGGUGGAUUCAGAAGAGAUAUGGUGAUCUUGAAGAUUACAUGGAAGAUGCAGACAAUUUUCAAGAAGAGAAAAUUGAUUAAGAGAUCAUAUAGCUCUUGGAAAGACAUCUUUAAAAAUGUGAAUGGCCUACUUCAUCUGCUUGCACUUUAUCUCUGCCUGGACUUCGAGAUUUCUAUUUAGGCUGUUACACCUAAAUUCACAGGCUUUUAAAUUACUGUUUGAUAAUUUGCUCUAUCUUUUUUUCUGAUCUGUGUCAAUAUAAACCCAAAUCAGUCCUUCCAGUCUUACUGCAUUAAUCACUUUAAGUUUCCUACUGUUCAGAAAUAUCAUUUCAAUAUCUAUUUACUUGUGAAAUAAAACUUCCACCUAUUUAGAUUGGGCUGCAUUGCAGAGAUGCUGAGAUCUUUUGAGGUGGGUAUAUUUGGAAAGGUAAGGCUUUGUUAUACAAGAACUUAGAACUUGCAUCUUACCUUACUUAUUGAUCACUAUGUGCAAGCAAAUCCAGUCAGUUAAAAUGAUGUUACAACAAACAGGACCCAGAUUCUCCUCUGAGGAAUCAGUAUAGACAUUUGCAAGGCAACAGAGGAAAUAUUCUGCAGUCCUGACUGCAUUUGCAGCACAGUAGUCAUUCCUCUCUUGAGAAAGUAGGUGAUGAGUCACAGUACGGGCGUCAUACAGACUGAGUCUGGCUUAGCCAUCCAAAUGAGCACAUGGGCCCACAGUGCUGUCUCUGAUAAGCAGCUGGGGCAAUUUACUGAGAUUUUAAACAUCAGGUUACAUUGUGCAAACAUAAUGGCAGCAGCUUGGAGUCACUGCAGUCCUAAGAGAAUGAAUUCAUAUGCCCAUGCAAGAUAAGCAAGAAUUCUUCCAGUGUAACUUAACAGAAAGUAGGAGUUAGUCAGAAACAGGAUGCGUGGCUUACCAGAAUUGCAUGAAACCCAAAUCAAAGCAGAUUUUCAAGUAUUUAGGAAGGGUUAAGUAUGGUACUGUCCAUUCUGAAAAAUUGGACAAGAGCUGUAAAUGUGCACUCAUGGCCCAGAAAGCCAACUGUGUCCUGGGCUGCAUCCAAAGGAGCACGGCCACCAGGCUGAGGGAGGUGAUUCUGCCCCUCUGCUCUUAUGAAACCCCAGCUAGAGUGCUGCACCUAGCUCUAGGGUCCUGGCACAGGAAAGACUGGACGUGCUGGAGCAAGUCCAGAGGAAGGUCACUAAAUUGAUCAGAGGGCUGGCUGUAGACAGGCUGAGAGAGUUGGUGGUGUUCAGUCUGGAGAAGAGAAAGCUUGCAUAUGCAGCCUUUAAGUAUUUAAAGGGGUCCUGCAAGGAAGAUGGAGAGGGAUAUUUUACUAAGGUCUGUAGUGACAGGACAAGUUUUAAACUCAGAGAAGCUAGGUAUAGAUGGACAUAGGGAAGAAAUGUUUUACUGUGAGGUUGGUGAGGCAAUGGCAGAGGUUGCCCAGAGAAGGUGUGGAUGCUCCAUCCCUGGAAGGGUGUUAAGGUUAGGUCAGGAUGGGGCUUUGAGAAAGCUGGAAGAUUUCCCUGGCCAUUAUGAUCCUUAAAGGUCCCUUCCAAUCCAAAUUAUUCAGUGUUUCUGUCCCUGUAUUUUGGGCUGCAUAUAAAAAGAAUCAUAUAUGGCCUAAGAUUAAAUGCAGAGCACAACAUUUUGAAUCCUACAUCUUGCUGUAUGCACAUACUCUUAUUAGUCUUUUGUGGCUGAACAACUUAGUGAAAGAUACUGGUAACAUUCUGAAUCCUUUGAGCAGAUUACUCUCUCAGCAGAAAAACUAAUGGAACCUGAUUUCUCAUAGAUCUGUCCAUGAGAAGUCAUGACAUUUAUUUUGCCAUUUUACUGGGAUCAGAUAUGCUGAUUGGGUAGGCUACUGCUGCCAGGUGUAUUGCUUAACAGUGAACGUCUGUUGCCUUUUUUUAUGUAGAGGCUGUACCUUAGAUUCAUCUUUCACUACCCUUUUCCCAGGAUUCAGUGUGAGAAAUGAACUGCUUUUAUGGUUUUUUUAAGGACUUGUAAUUCAGCAAUGUUUUAAAUUCUAUUAGGGCAAGUUAGUAGCAUCAGUACUCCUUUGUACCACAUACGUGAAACUGAGAUGAAAAUUCCCAGUUAAGAGCUUGAGACUUGCGCUUGGAAGAUAUUCUUUCCAUACCUUACCUGUGAGUUAGACACAUAAAAUUUUGUGGUUUGGUAUGUCUUAUAUCUAUCUCCCUAGUUACAAAAGCUGAAGGUUUCCUUCUCUAUUCCUUCUCCUCUCUCAUCUCUGUUCUUCUGGGAAUACUGAUGGGAACACAGCCAUGGGCUUGGAAAUACUCAGGAAGCCAUCUUGAUUAUUUCCAUUUUAGUUAUUGAUACCUCACUUCUUUCUGUUAACAAAAUCUCUGUAUUAGUUUGCUUUGCUUCUCUAGAAUAUUACAUACAUUUGGUGUAACUUUAUUCUUACAAAGGGAAACCAUUCUGAAAUGAGUUCUGUACCAUGUAAUGGAGUAUGCCCUCUUAGAGUCUUCCUGACUGAUCCUAAUUUUUGCUAUUUUCUGAAUUUUCUGAAAACUCUCAUGACUAUGAAUUUUGCUUUAAAAACAUUUUGUCAAAAUGAA